GGAAGUAGCGAAGAAGGGAGGAAUAACAAGGAAAUAGGUAUCGUUCUAUCAAAUUCAUUAAUUGAACUAGAGCGCAAGAAAUGGCAGAGGUUGUAAAGUGUUGCGAUUCGAAGUUCGCUCUGUACUUGUUAGUGAUAGUAGGGUUGGUGUGCUUCGCUGGUCUGAUGGCGGGACUCACCCUUGGUCUCAUGUCUCUUGGCCUUGUCGACCUCGAAGUCCUCAGCAAGUCUGGCCGUCCUAAGGACCGCAUCUAUGCAGAAAAAAUAUUUCCGGUGGUUAAGAGACAACAUCUCUUGCUAUGUACGCUGUUGAUUGGGAACUCCUUGGCAAUGGAGGCUCUUCCUAUUUUCAUGGAUGCGCUUGUACCUCCUUGGGCAGCAAUAGUGAUAUCUGUGACUUUGAUCCUCAUGUUUGGAGAGAUACUGCCACAGGCAAUCUGUACGCGUUAUGGCAUGGCGGUGGGAGCAAAGUUGGCCCCCUUUGUCCGUGUCCUUCUUUUGCUGUUCUUCCCUGUUGCUUACCCAAUUAGUAAGUUUCUGGAUUGGAUGUUGGGUGAGGGCCAUGCUGUCCUUUUACGAAGAGCAGAGCUUAAGACAUUUGUGGACUUUCAUGGGAAUGAGGCUGGAAAAGGUGGAGACCUAACACAUGAUGAGACUACCAUCAUUGCCGGUGCUCUUGAAUUGACAGAAAAGACUGCAAAAGAUGCUAUGACUCCCAUUUCUAAAGCGUUCUUGCUGGAUGUGGAUGAUACCCUUGAUUUGGAGACAUUGAAUAUGAUAAUGACAAAGGGUCAUAGUCGAGUCCCUAUAUACACGGGGAAUCCAAGUAAUAUAAUUGGAGUAAUUCUGGUAAAAAAUUUGUUGACAGUUGAUCCAAAAGAUGCAGUUCCUUUGAGGAAAAUGCUCAUAAGAAGAAUUCCAAGGGUUUCAGAAAAUAUGCCCCUUUAUGAUAUUCUGAAUGAAUUUCAGAAGGGUCACAGCCACAUAGCUGUUGUAGUGAAGCAUCUUAAUGAGACAAAAGAGACACCGAAGAAAAGUAAAGUGGUGCAAAAUAAGGAGAGCAAGAUGAAAAAUAGGAAGCAGAGUGCCCCACCUGAUGCGACAACGUUAAAUGAAGGUGUAGCCAGGAAGGAUGGGGAUCAGAAGUUAACAAAUCGUCCUGCAACUAUUCCAGUCUUAAAAAAGGGGCAUAGAGGUUGUUCACAUUGCAUUCUGGAUCUUGUUAAUGCUCCCUUUCCAGAUGUCCCACCCAAUCAAGAGGUUGUUGGUGUGAUUGCUAUGGAGGACGUGAUUGAAGAACUUCUACAGGAGGAGAUAUUGGAUGAAACUGAUGAAUACAUUGACAUUCACAACAGGAUAAAGGUGAACAUGCAAGCAUCACUAGGAAAAGUGCCAAAUGUAGCAUCUUCAGAUCCUGAUACUGCUUUAGCAUCAAUUGCCUGCACAUCUAUGCCAACAGCCCAAUCUUUGUGAGCAACUAUGCCCCUUAGCAUUCCCUUACCUCACCUAUGCUGGUGGCUCCAGUACCCACACCAGUGCUUUCAGUCUCUACUGGAAAUUUUAUAGCAAGCUCACCAAUGACAGCCCAUCUUCAUGGUUUUGAAAGAGACGGGCAAAGGGACCACUGAGUGUUUUUUGGAAUUUAGUAUGCCAUAUAAUAUUGGGUAACAAAGUGGAUGGGUAUUGCAAUUUGUUCUUAUAGGCCUCCUGUUUUGGCAUGAGGGAAGGGUGCUCGAUGUAUGCUUAGAUAGAUGCUUGUGUUGCUAUCACAAUUUGAUGUACGUAUUGUGAACAUCUUUUAUGUUUUAAUAAUAAUAGUUGUUUACCAAAUUAUAAGUAAUGAGAAGAAAGAACAGUUAUUAUCAGAGAAU